AUGGCUCCAGUUUGUGGGAUCUGUUCCAAGGAACCUUCCAAAUACAAAUGUCCCUCUUGUGGCAUGCAGACGUGCUCUUUGGAGUGUGUAAAGUUGCAUAAGAAGGAAAAAAACUGUCUGGGGUUUGUGGAUCCAGCCAAAUUCUUGUCAUGGAAACAGUUGAGCGAAGGCUCAAUCCACGUGAACCGAGAUUACAACUUUUUGAUCAAUGCUGGCCGUCAUUUGGAUGUUCAAAAAGAGACAUUGCGUCUGAAAUCGAAGAACUUGUUCAAGAGACAAGGUGGUCCCGGCAAACGGCCCCCUCCCAAGCGCCAGAAAACUGAGCUGGAAGAUUUUCGGAUUCAGUUGAUUAAAAGAGCAUUUCCUCAUGAUCCGCCAACCAGCAUUAAAAGGAAAAACACGGUCAUAGUUCUGGUACCGCCAGGGAUGUCUCGAGCCAUGGCUAACAAGACUGGGUACGAUAAGAAGGCCGGAGCAUUUGUGUGGUCUGUGGAAUGGGUGGUUCUCGCCGAUGACGGACAAGAGAUCGGUCGGUACAUGAGCUACAGAUUGCCUGAAGGCAACACUAUCCAGCAACUUGUUCCGAUAAACUUGAUCAAAAAGGCACAUGGUGAUGAAUCUGAUCUAAUUGUACCUGAAAAAUUGUCGUACUACCUCAUGAACGUGGUUAAUUGCAAACCUGGUCGUUCUUUAAUACCAUUGGAAGCCCCUAUGCCUCUCUGCGAUGCAUUGGCAGACCGUAUUGUGUUGGAGUAUCCCACAAUAUACGUCUCUCAGAGUGGUACCAAUGUGGGAGAUAUAUGUACAUCCUACAAUCAGAGUCUUACAGAUGACGAGGACUCACUGUCAGAUUCGAGCUCAGACUCAGAGGACUCUUCAGAUCCGGAUUCAGAGUCAGAUUCAGGUCUGGAAUCUGAAGACUCAGACGAUUCGGCACCAGAAGAAUCUUCGUCCAAACCUCCUCAGCUCAGUAAUACCGAAGAGAUUGAGGUUGACAUGUAG